CUGCUGUUAAAGAAGGUCUCGUACCUGCCGCGUCUGCUGCAGCGCUUCGCGAAGCUUUACUUCCAGGAACAGCCCGGAGCUCUGAGGUUUUAUUGCCAGCUAUGGACUGAGAGCGGACAGCGCCUAUGUGAGUCCAUAUGAAGAGAGAAAGAACCGAAACAUCUGUGGAAAUAUAGAAGCUUUCUCAACACAAAUUACCUCCCAGAGUGACAAGUAAAACUUAAACAAGCAAGACUGGACAGCGACAAACAGAACCAGCAGUAAUACACGUCUUUGUGCAAUGUCUAGGAGUGGCACAUGGCCAGGCAAUGUUGCCAUGGAGUCCUUGAGUAAUGUGGACAGUGCAGGGAGCUGUGAUAGUGUAAUCAGCACAAACUCUGUGUGGAGCCAGGAUAGUAUGGAGCACCUAUCUGCAGAGGAGAAGGCAUGUCUGAUGUAUCUGGAGGAAACAAUCGAAGCGUUGGAAGUUCAGGAAGACAGUGGCUUAUCAAAUGAUGAACCAGACGUGUUGUCAAGGGCAGAACCACACAAUCAGUUAAGAAGAAAUGGAAGUCACAAGAUCUCCACACCAACCACCCACCCAGCAACAGAUCCUCUACUCACUGGGUUAACCAGAGCACGUGAAAGUCAGCGUUAUACUACACCACAAACUGCUUCCAGUUCUGUAGUUGACAUGAAAGAUCCUGAAAAGAAGGACCUGAGGGUUGAAACUGAUACUAUCGUCUCUGAUGGUGCUACUGGUUACACAUCAUCAUCAGAAAAAACAACUGAGGGGUCAAAGUUAAAUUCAUCAGAGGCCUCAGAGCUUGAUCUGGAAAUAAUCCCUCCUCCUACAGACUUCAUGGAUGAAUCAGACCUGGCUGUUCCUCCAGAGACAAUGACUGUGCUCCCCCCACCUGCAAACGGCUCUUUAGAGCAAAAAACAACUCUUGACUUGCAGCAGAUGCACCAGAGAUCCUCUUUGAGAAAACCUGUAACCUUCUCUGCUACUGAAGAUUCUCCAAGCAAACACUCAGAAGUUCCCCUCACUCCCCUAAUGAGUCCCCCUGCUGAUUUUCCAGAGCCCAGAAGUCCACCUGCUGUGGCCCCAAAACCUACGAAGCUUCCUACAAACAUCUUGUUAAAGUCACAAAAAUCCCCAACAUCUCAGUCACAUGGAAACCCAGGGCAUGUGAUGCCUGCCCAAAGUGAUCGGAUGAUUUUGGACCCUCAGAAAACUCGGAUUGAGGCCCUCCGGAAGCUUGGAUUGCUAAAAGACAACGAAGAGAAAUCCAGCCCUGUUGUUAGCCCUAAUCUUCCUCUGAAAUCUGCUGCAAACAGAGGCUCACAGAGCCACUCUCCACCAGUCAGUCCUGGUGCUCCUCAUUCACCACCUAGAACCCCAUCUCUCACCCCAGUUAAUAACCCCCCUCCAGCACUCACCGCUCAAACAUCACCUGCUCCGGUUGUGUUACCAUCAGCCUCUUCUGCAUCCCCUCCCAUCCAGGAUGCUGAAAUCCUCCCAGCACCAGCAGCUUUCUGUGAUCCCACUGGGCCUGUAGAUAACCAACUUUCUGCAGACACUGAGACAAGUUUCAGUACCUCUUCUAAUACCCCAUCUGUACCGCUUAAUCAGCUUACCCCACCAAAGGUGAUUGGUAUGAAAUCUGCAACCUUGGAGAGAUCAGGCUUAGGUCUGAGCAGCCAGAUGUCCGCUCAAAACUUAUCCAUGAGAGCCAGCGACGAGAAAGACUCAAAGCACCUACGCAACACUCGGCCUCGACCUGCUUCUCUGGGAAGUGGGAAAGACUUUUCUCACGCUAAGGGAGAUGGUUUGGUGGCAAGUGGAUCGCCACACUCUCAGAAGCCCCAGUCCACACAAGCUUCCCACCAGAGACAGUCUUCCAAACUGCCUAGAUCACAAGGCAUCAGUGUGCUGAUCUGCCCUCGCUCAGAGAAUGAAGAUGACCGACGUGAAGCCCUAAAGAAACUAGGACUGCUCAGGGACUGAGUCAAGACCUCUUUUAUAUACUAUAAAAAAGAAUAAGACAGACUAUAUCUGGAUUUAAAACUCUUACAGAGUGCCUUAGCCACAUGUUUUUGCUUCUGUUUUCCACAGAAUGAGCUUCUAAGGAAUUGGAAUCGAGGGGACUGGCAUGACACAUGAACAGUUCGUUAGUUCUCUCAUAUCAGACUUAUGAUAGCUGUAAGUUAUAUAGUUAUAUAUAUAUAUAUAUAUAUAUAUAUAUUAGAAAAAAAUCCUUUUGCCUUUGGAAACCUUAACAAUCUUUGUUGUUUUUUCUGCUGAUUUGUUUGACUUAAUCCCAUAGGAUACUGCAUGUUUCGACCAUUCACCAUUUUCUACUUCAGCUGUUGGUUGUUUCACAGCAGAGUUUUUUUGGGUGCAGGCAGGAGUCACCUCCCACCAGAUCUUUUUUAAGGCCCUUGUGCCAAUUUGUCCCCACCUUUCAUAACUGAGCUGUGAUGUGGAUCUGAAAUAGGGGUGAAAGUAAACAAAUGCAUCCAGACUGGAGUCAAUAUAGUUUUGUUUUUAGAUACUUUAAAUACUUUAUAAUUAACAAUCCAUCUGAUUUUCUCUUAAGUUAACUGUAUGGAGGUUGUUGUGUAGUACAUUCUUAGUUGUGAAGAUGGUAAUUUCUGAUUCAGCUGAAUCCUUUCUUUCUGUAACUAGAAGAAAAAAAAUUUCUUGUUCGAAAUCUGAUACAGCUGCUUUGUUUGACACAUAUAUGAAGAAUCACAACUAUAUGACACUUUAGCUACAAUGUGGAGUCAGUGUGGAAGUCACAGGUAUCUGUGUCUUUAUCUGAAGAUAAUAUAACCAGCAUUUAUAAAGUGUCUUAUUUAUUGUAAACGAAGCGUCUGCCCCAUGUGUCAUGUCAAAGCAGACACUGACGCGCAGGUUCUCACGUUUGGUUUCUCCACUUUUUUGUUGUUGUUGUUGUGAUGGUGGAAAAACAGGUUGCACCUGUUUCUCAGCCCUGAUGGAACAUUGUCGUUGAUUACAGUAACUCGUCUGAGGAACUUGUUCACAGCUGAAAAAUAUCAAGGACAGGUGGAUCUGUUCUUUUUCUCACAUUUUCUUUUCACUUCAAGCUCUUUUUUGAAAAUUAACCUAAAAAUGUGAAACAUGCAAAGUAACUAUUUCAAUAAAAUGAAUCACAUUUGUUCCAAACCUAGAAAUGUAGUUCUGUAGAAUAUAAAAAUAGUUGAUAAGAAAUAAAAAUAAAAUAAAUAGAAUAAAA